AUGGCAGAUAUAGUCUUGGCUCCACUUUUGCAGGUACUCUUUGAGAAAUUAGCUAAUCCAAUAGUACAGAAGUUUGCUGAGUGUUGGGAGUUCGAGGACAGAAUCAACAAGGUUAAGGAAGUACUACCCCUAGUCCAAGAAAUUCUUGAAGAUGCAGAAGAGCAACAAACGGUAGAUAAAGCAGUCAAGAUUUGGGUGUCCAAGAUUAAAGAUGCAGCUGACAAGGCAGAGGACUUGCUUGAAGAGUUUGUCCACAAAAGCCAAUUGAGAACCUAUGCAGUAAAUAUAACAAAGAUGAGGAAUGUUCUUGAUACUUUACAAAAAGCUGCAAUUGAAGGGUUAAAGUUGAACCUAAAGGAAAGGAAAACAGGUGAUAGGCUAUCCAAAAGAAGAGAAACUGGUUCUUUUGUCAUGUCAUCUGAAGUUUUUGGAAGAGGAGAUGAGAGAAGGAAGAUAGUUGAGCAGCUGUUAACAUCAUCAGCAUCUGAAGGAGGGAGUAUUCCUCCUGUGGUCUCAAUUGUUGGGGUUCCAGGAAUUGGCAAAACAACACUUGCUCAGUUAGCCUGUAACGAUGAUGAGGUGAGGAAACAUUUUGAUUUGAGAAUUUGGGUUUUUGUGUCUGAGGAGUUUAAUGUGAAAAACAUUCUAAGAGCAGCAAUUGAGUCCACAACUUCAACGAAAUGUGAACUAUCAGAGUUGGAUGCACUGCAGUCCAAAUUGUGGAACAUAUUGCACAGAAAAAGGUACCUACUUGUGCUUGAUGAUGUGUGGAGUGAUGACCAGGAAGACUGGGAUAUGAUAAUGCCUCUCCUUAGUGCUGGAUUUGAUGGAAGCAAGAUCCUUAUAACCUCUCGUCGGCCAAAAAUUGCAUUCAUGAUGGGAAGCACAAAUCUGAUACACUCAAUGAAGAGGUUGACUGAAGAAGAUACUUGGGCAUUGUUCAAAAGGUAUGCUUUUCAUAAUGUAAAAGAAUCUGAUUGCCAAAACCUGUUGUCAAUUGGGAAAGAAAUCAGCAAGAAAUGUGUUGGUGUACCCUUGGAAGCAAAAAUUAUCGGUAGCAUGAUGCGCUUCAAAAAAGAGGAAAAAGAGUGGUUGCAUGUAAAAAAUAGCAGCAUUUGGAAUUUGGGAUGUUUCAAGAAAGCAAUUGCACCUGUUCUACUGCUUAGUUUCCUGCACUUGCCAUCAAAUAUCAAACAUUGCUUUUCAUUCUGCUCUACCUUUCCCAAAAGUUAUGAGAUCAAGAAGGAGAAUCUAAUAAAUAUGUGGAUAGCACAUGGUUUAGUCUUUGCAGAUGAAGAAGGCAAGCAACUAGAGGACAUUGCAGCAGAGUAUUUUGAUGAGUUAUUGUGCAUGUCUUUCUUUGAAAAGGUCAACGAAUCUGGCGAUGGCUAUUUAACAACAUACAAGAUGUAUGACUUGUUUUACUCUCUUGCCCGACAUCUUACCACAAAUGAAACUACUAUACUGUCUAGCAUAAAUGAAAGAUAUGAUCUUGCAAACAUUCGACAUGCCUCGCUCCUUUCUGAUUAUAGAUCAUCUAUGAUUCCAACUUCUUUAUGUCAAGCAAAAUACUUGCGAACUUUGCUAGUCUUUUCGGUUGGUGAGAUGAAUGAAGUCCCUUCAAAUAUCUGUUCAAACUUCAUUCAUUUGAGGGUGCUGGAUUUGAGUGGCUGCAACAUAAACCUUCCAAAGUCAAUAAAUGAGCUUAGAAGUUUGAAGUAUCUUGAUCUGUCCAACACAGACUUUCAGGAGUUGCCUUCGAGCAUCUCUUCCUUCCGCUCUUUGAUGACACUGAACUUAUCUGGCUGUCGUAAUCUUCAGACAUUGCCUGAUUUAAGUCAUGUUACUUCCUUAAGACAUCUUGUCAUAGAUGGAUGUGAAGCACUUACUCAGAUGCCUUGGCCAAUUGGACAAUUAGUUCAUCUUCAGACACUUCCCAUUUUCAUUGUGCGUCUUCCUAGAGGUAACAAGAUCCAUGGAAGAGGUAACCUAUCGGCUCUGAGAAAGAAAAGGGCAUGGAAAUCAAGCAUAUCUGAUCUUCAAUUUCUAAACCUUCGAGGUCAAUUGAAAAUUAAAAACCUGGAGUGUGUAACCGAUGCUGAAGAAGCCGAAGCAGCCAAACUCAAGAAUAAGGAACAUCUUGAGUCUUUAGGGCUCUGCUGGGGAAGUGAUGGUGCGGAUCUGAUUAUGAAUCCUACUCUAACUGGAUUGAAGCAGAGAAAAGUCCAAAUUCAAGGGUCUUCGCAAGAGCCUCAAACAGGAGCUGCCUUUUGUGAUCAGAUCCUUGCCGGGGAAGUUCUAGCCAACCUACAACCACAUGAAAAUCUCAAAAAUUUGUUCAUAGUCGGCUAUCCUGGCCUAAGCUUUCCACAUUGGAUGCUUCCAAGAGUGACCAAGGUUGUGCUGAUAAACUGCAGAGGAUGUUUACAUGUACCAAGCCUUGGUCAUCUUCCUUCCCUCAGAAUCUUACACAUGGAGGGAAUCCAUACUGUUACAUGCAUCAGCCAAGAAUUUUAUGGUGACAACAACACAAUGCUAUUCCCAUCACUCUAUGAGCUAUUACUGAAAGACUUUCCACUUCUGGAGGAAUGGUCAGCCCUUGAUGGAAGAGAAAUGUUCCCCAAACUGCACAAACUAACUCUUGGCAAGUGCCCCAGUUUAAUCUCAGUGCCACUUAUUCCGACCAUACAAGAGUUGAAGCUGCAAGGUUGCAAUCCAGCAAUACUUCAGUGUUUUAAAGAAUUAACUUUGAUAUCAACCCUUGUAAUUGAGGAGUUUGAUGAGUUGUUAGCUUUACCGGAGAAGCUUCUUGGCAAAAAUCACCUUCUCAUGUGUCUCAAGAUUAGCUCUUGCCCGAAUCUCCAGUGCCUUCCUCCAGAUCUAGGAAGCUUGACUUUCCUCAAGUCCCUGACACUACGCUGGUGCUGGGAGCUGUUCUCACUACCUAAAGGUUUCCAAAACCUCACUUCUUUGGAGUCUCUUGAGAUUAGCGACUGCCACAGUUUGGUUUCUCUUCAUGAAGAUGAAGGGGGUUUAAGAUCUCUACGAACCUUGUCAAUUGAGAACUGCAGCAAUCUGGCUUCCAUCAAUAUUGGAUUACAGAGUCUGACGACCCUUGAACACUUGACCAUUAUGUACUGUCCAAGUUUAUCUGCUUUUCCUGAUGGAAUGGAGCAUCUCUUGUCACUUAAGAGCUUGAUCAUUUUGAGCUGCCCUCGGAUAGAAUUCCUUCCAGAGGAGCUCAAGUAUGUCAAAACACUGCAGUGCUUAGAAAUAAGAAGUUGUCCGAGUCUUGCUGCUUUGCCAGAAUGGUUUGAGAAAAUGUCAUCAUUAAGAUCAUUGGCUUUAUCAGACUGUCCAAAUAUUAGAUCAUUACCAGUAGCUUUUCGAGGCCUUACUUCUCUUCAGCACCUCUCUAUCCAAGAUUGCCCUCAACUCCAGAUACGUUGUAAGCAGGAUAGUGGAGUGGAUUGGUGGAAGAUUACUCAUGUGCCAUACCGACAUAUUUUCUCAUCUCAACCCCAGAGAUUUGGUGAAGCUUCAAGCUACACUUCCUCAUGUUGAAAAUGGCAACUUCUUUUCUUCACAGUUCCUUGUGUGGUAUUUAUAUCUCACAUCAGAAUAAGAAAUACUAAAAGAAGUUGCAGAUCAAAGUCGGAGAAUAUUUGUAGAAGUGAAGAACAGACACCCCGAUUAGCUUAAAACAAG